UUGCAACUGAUUAAUAUUCUAUUAAUUAGCAGAAUUAAAAGUCAUAUAAUAUCAGCAUAAAUAAACUCCAAGGUUAUUUCUUUUUUAUCACUUUUAAGUCUUCAAAUAUAUCCUGAACUAACUGAAUAAACGAAUUCUUUGAAAGAAACAAAAAGAGGUUCUGAUUCUGAUAAUUCUGAUUAUACAUUUUAAAAAAAUGUAUAUUUUGAUAAAACACUAUUGAUUGCAGUUUAUAAUCUAAGUGUAUUAUGAAAUAAUACUUAGAAAAGUAUAUUGUAAAUCAGUUACAAAGUCAUAGAAUAAAAAUGAUUUCUCUUAUCGAGUAUGUCUCGAAUAAAUUAUUCAACAACGAAAAUUCCUGUGAUAACAUUGUAGUACCAGAUAAGCUAGAAGAAUUGUUAGCAAAAAUAGAUGAUGCUAAGCAGAUUAAUGAAGAAAUUGAUGAGCCUCAACUAAAUAAUAUUGAAGAUGAAGAAGGAUGUUUCUACAAGACUGGUACUGUAACUGUAUUGAAACAAGAUUAUGUACUUAUAGAUGAUGAUCAUAUCUGUGAAACAAAAUAUGUGAUUCCUACUGAUCUUAAAGAAGGAGAUCAAGUUUAUUAUAUGGCUUACAAAAAGGACAAAAAUGAUGACUUGAAAGUACGUAAAAUUAUUUACAAAAUUGAAUCAGUCUGGGAAGAUGAGGAAAAGCCAGUGCAUAAUAUUCCUAAGUCAGAUUUGAACCACGAAUUAAACAAUACAGGUGAUGAGAUUGAUUUUGAAGUACCACCUUACACUAUAACUAAAAAUAAUCAAAUUUUAGAAAAGAAGGGAAUGAAUAAAAGGAUAAUUGUUGGCAAAGUUAAUGAAAGAAAAGGCAGAGAAAUUUCCUUAGAAGAUAAUACUUGUAUUAAUUUGGACAAUGUCAGUGCUGAGUUUGUACCUGUAAUUGGUGAUUGGGUAAAAUUAGAAUGUUUAGUUGAAGUCAAUGAAGAUGUUCCUAAUUUCCAAGGGGAAAUAUUAGAAAUUGAAGAGAUGAAACCAUUAAGAUCACUGCAAAAAUUGGGGAAAGUGACAGAAUAUGAUGAAGAAACAUCAUCUGGAUUGAUUGAAAAUACUAUUGUUUUUGUAAAAACUGUUUGUUUAGCUGGUUACAUACCAUGUAUAGGAGAUAAAGUUGUAGUCCAUUGUAUUGAAAGUGAUCAAAGAAUAGGCAAACAUUGGAGAGCUUUGGAAGUAGUUCCUAUGGAAGAUGUAUCAACUAGAUAUGAAACUUCAACUGUAAAACAUAAACCACAAUUACCAGCAGAUGAGCUUGAUGAAUUAAUCAGAGAUAAAGAAAGUAUAGAAAUAACUAACAAUAUUAAAAUUACUUUGGAUGCUAAAACAGAACAAGAAGUUACUGUUACUGUAAAAAACAAUGGAAAUUUUAAACAAAUAAUAAACAGGUGUUCUUUCCUGUGUAAGAAAUCAGAAUCUCAAUUGACCUUAUUGUUUCCUAGUGACAAUGAAAUUCAAGAAUUGAAACCUUCGGAUUCAACAACUUACAGAUUCAAGUGUAAAGCGCGAUUUGUAGGAGUUUCUGAAGAGCUGGUUAUUUUUAAAUUCAAAAACUUCAAAAUCGGUCGUAUUUUUUCUAUCACUGUUAACAGCAUAAAUCCAAACAAAGUCAUCUCACCAGAAUCAAGUAGUGCUUAUGCUAACAACAACAAUCAAAGAUCAGUAAUACCUCGAGUAUUUGAAGAUGGCAUGUAUAUUAGAGGCAUGAAACCAUACAGGACAGCCAAGUUUAUAACAAUGCGACCCACAACUUGGAAAAUACCUGAAAUCCUUUGGACAGCUAUAAAUAAAAUAAUUCAAGAAAGGAAAACACAUUCAGAGGCAGAAUUCAUCUUGGCAGACAGAGUACCAUGCCUUUAUCAGCAUUUAAAUAUAGACAAUUAUAAGCAACGCUUUGACUAUUUACUUUAUCUGGAAGAAAUAGCACAAAUUCUUGACAUGAGGAGGUUUGAUAUGGCUACUGCUGUCAUGCAUAGAAGUGGAGAAUUUCUCGUCUUGAACGUACCUGGACUUGCAGAAAAGCGACCUUCAUUGAUUAUUGGAGAUAGAGUUAUUGUAUCUUUCAAAUGGGAUGAAACUAACGGUCAAAAAUGUUAUGAAGGUUACAUUCACAAGAUUAAAAGUUCAGAUGUAUUUUUAAAAUUCAAUCAAACUUUCCAUGAAAGUUAUCACGGAGAAGAUUGUCAAGUAAGCUUCAAAGGCUCAACAACAGUACUUCAAAGAUGUCAUACUGCUAUUGGUAUGGCAAUGAAUAGAUUAGGUCCAGAUUUUCUGUUUCCAAAAAAAGUCGUUCAAAAAGAACCACAAUUCAAUUUUGUUGAAGCAGAAGAAGAUACCACUGAUAUUGAGAAUAAUGAAGCUCAAAACAUGCAGAAAAUUCAAGAAAUCCAUGCAGAUACCUCACUGGAUAAUGAUGAGCGGGUCAAAGCAGUGGAAGCAAUUCUUAGUCGUAAAAGAAUAGACUGGUUCACGGAAAAUUUAAAUGUUUAUCAAAAAUUGGCUGUGAAAAAUAUUCUAAAAGGUGUUGCUCGUCCACUACCUUAUGUGAUAUUUGGACCUCCAGGAACUGGGAAAACUAUUACUGUUUGUGAAUCAAUUUUGCAAAUUCUAUUUACUAUGAAUGAUAGUAGAAUCUUAGUUGCUACUCCUUCAAACAGCUCAGCUAAUCUUAUUGCUGAGCGAUUACUGAAGAGUAAAAGGCUUCAGCCUGGUGAUUUGGUUCGUCUAGUUGCUCAUCAUUAUCUUGAAAGUGACCAAAUACCCGAAAAUUUGAUACCAUACUGUGCGACCGCUGAUAUUGCAGCAGAAGGCAGCAGAGCGGACGUCAAUCUACGUGAUUAUCGCGGUUACCAAAAGAACGUAACUUUGAGCGUUCUCUGUCGAUCUCGUAUCAUAGUAGGCACAUGUUCAGCCAUAGGUAUUCUUUACAACAUGGGAUGUAAACCAGGACACUUCACUCAUGUGAUCAUAGACGAAGCUGGUCAAGCCACGGAGCCCGAGAUCAUGAUUCCGUUGAUUCUUGCACAUACAAGUACGACGCAAAUCAUAUUAGCUGGUGAUCCCAAACAAUUGGGUCCAGUUAAUCAAAGUCGAUUGGCUGGUUACUUUGGCUUAAAUGAUAGCUUCCUUGUUAGAUUGCUGCAACAGUUUCCUUAUCAGAGAGAUCCUGUAGGUUUUGAAACUGGAUACGAUCCGCGACUAAUUACCAAGCUGCUCAUGAAUUAUAGAAGCUUGCCUGAAUUGCUAGAUCUACCUAACAAACUUUUUUACGAGGCUGAAUUAAUACCUCAGGUCCAUGAAACUGAAAGCGCAGAAGCUGAACUGUUGGAAACUUUAUCAGACAUGCUACCUAAAAGAUUAGGAACUCCAUUGCCAAUAGUAUUCCAUGCAGUUGAUGGAAAAAAUAUGCAAGACCAAGACAGUCCCAGCUGGUACAAUCCUGAAGAAGCUACUCAAGUCUACAUCUAUUUAUUAGAUUUGUACAAUCGUGGCCUUUCGCCCAAUGACAUUGGAAUUAUCACACCCUACUCAAAACAGGUCUUCAGAAUCAAAAGUCUACUCGCAGAACUGGAUCUUGAGAUUCCAAAAGUUGGGAGCGUUGAAGAAUUCCAGGGCCAAGAAAGAAAAGUGAUAAUCUUAUCAACCGUUAGGACCGCAGAAGAUAAAAUCCGAGAUGAUAUCCGACACGCUCUCGGAUUUGUUGCAGCUCGAGAACGUUUAAAUGUUGCUAUCACACGUGCACGUUCUUUACUCAUUAUUGUUGGUAAUCCAAACUUAUUACAGCAAGACGUCUACUGGCGAAGUGUCUUGGAAUACUGUAAAUCACGGAAUGCGUAUGUUACUAAUAAGAUUGCUAAAUAACUUAGUAAAUCUUUACUUUUCGUGAUCUCAAUAAUGUGCACAGAGAUUAGUAUUACAAAUUGAUAUUUUUAUUAUUAUUAAUAUCAUUAAUUUCAGUUGAGCAAAUUGUUUUUGUACUUUAUUCAAAAUCGUACUUUUGGUUUUAAUUUUAAUUUUUUAUGAAUCACGUUAUCUUUUUAUUGAUUAUUAGAUUUUUUUAUUACGUUAUCUUUUUGUUUAUUAUAUUUUUUACUAGGCUCUAUAGAUUUUUUUCAUUGAGCUGAUAACAUUAUUGAUUUAGUUAAUUUUAAUAUGCAAUUAAACGAUUUAUACAUAUUUACUUGAUAUGACGCAUGACAGUAAUCGUUCGAAAAAAAUUUUACAAAAUACUUAACCAAAACAUAACUUUUUAAGUUUACGUUAACCAAAUAUUAUUUAGGAGUACAAUUUAUGUUCCUUAUAAACGGGCACAUAGAAAAUGAAAUUCACAUU